ACAAAUAAUGUUUGUGGUCAUCACAUUAAAAAUAACAUUUGAAGUGCUGAGGAAAAAAUGUGUGUGUGUCUAAUUACAGACAGUGUUUUUAAACAGUCUGAAUAGCUUCAUCUUUAUUGCAAUCAAUAAAACUGGUUUACUGGCAAAUUAGGUAAAUGUGAUAACUGCAUGAAAAUAUAAAUACAACAUUAAAAAGUCAACCAUUGAUGGUUUUGUGUCGAUGUACAGCAAGUAGUGAAUGAACAGCUAACAGUUCACCGGAAAUCCCAGAGCAGCCUUAACAACAACCAGGAAGUAACCGUGCAUAUAGUCCAUUGCACAGGCCUAGUUCAAACUAGCACAGGACAAAAAAUAUGAUGCAUGCAAUUUACAUGCAGACUAUUAUACUAAAAAAUAUUUGUAUCAAUAUAAUUUUUAAAUUCCAUUCCAGUUAUUUGUGAAGGUAAUGACUUGUAAAUAAUCUUAAAUGUCCCACUGUACAUUAUUCUUGUUAUGGUGGAGCCACUGCUUACACAUUACAUCUGCACUUUAUUAGAGAAUCUGCACUCAUUUCUGAUACGCAGUGAUGAUUUUUAAAUCUCUCAGUAAUAUUAAAAUAUGAUCUUUUAGUAAAUUUAAAGCUCAAGUAAAUGUUUAAUUGUCCAUCUCACAGAAAAAUUCAAAUGUGAAUUUCUAAUAAACUUGCAGCUAAAGUUCAGGUAAAUAUCCAUUGUAUGCAUACUUGAGUAAAUCUGUCAAGUUGACAGCCACUAUUUAAGUGUUUAUAUUUAAAAACAACAAAAACAAAAGAAUUAGAGUAGAAAUGAUUUUAAAGUUAGUAGGCCUAUUAAAACUUUAUUAUUUUUAACAUUCCCUUAAGUGUAAUUUAAUUUUGUAUACAAAUCAGUUCAUUUUAACCUUCAAUAUUAACGUGUUACUCAUGUUUAUUUUACAGUUUUUGUUGUUUUUUUCGUGAGAAAAUUUGCCAUGUACUGUACCUGAUAUAUACAGAUUAUCCAAAAUAACUGAUGUUGAAUUGAAUGGCAAGCUUGUGAAUCAAAAUGCAUAACUAUGACAGACUCACAGGAAAUGGUGCAAAACAAAUGGUGAAAAGUCCAAACAGGGUGAUAUUGUGACAUACUGAUCUUCGUCAUCUUUUCGGUAUUGUAAAUAAUAGUUGCAACUUGCACUCUUAAAUGUGCAUUGGAAAUUGCCAGCUGAUAACCUAUAAUCUGGGGACCAUUUUCAUGUAACAUGUAAGGCUAAAUGUAGAUCUGUCUGAGGCCCCGUCCACACGGAGACACGUUUUUGUGAAUACGCACCAAUUUUGUAUUAGAUAGGUAUUUCGUUCACAUGGAUCAGACGUUUUCGGAAGGUGAAACUGCUAAUUUUUCAAACCGGGUCCCAGAGUGCAUAAAUCCGAAAAUGUCGCCUUUGCGUUUUCGUGUUGACAGCCUAUACAUAUAUUUUGUGAAACGACGAUGUCAUCACCCCACGUGUCGAACCUGGUCAGACGCCUGGUCUAACAGCACAAAACCACAACAACAACAGCAGACUCUAGAUGCUUGUCUUCAUGUUAUUUCUAAGCUUUAGUUUGUAUACAGCGCACAAGGUUUAUGCGCAAGCUCCAAGUCUUAUUCGCUGUUUUAAGUGUAUCUCUGUGGCAGAAUUACAGCGCCACAUACUGGUCUGGCAUGUAUACUACAUCGUUUUGAGUCGUUUCAGUGGUUUUGUGUGUACGCAGAUAUUUCUUGAGACGAGGGAAAAAAAAGAUCGGAUUGUUGGUUGGUGAUUGACACUAAACAGUAGAAAAUCAGUCCAGUCUCUCCAGCUGUAAAAUGUCAUUGGCUGUUAAAGUCUUGUGUUGCUUAUAAUAAAUUGGCAUGUUGAUAACGCUGUGUGCAUUGUUUCAGAAUAUUCUCAAUUACAUGUAGCAGAGAUCAGUUGCAUAUACAUUAGUGAGUGUGGUGGUGCUUAUGGGGUGUCGCUCUGAGACGAGGCUAUGAGGGGAAAAAUCACGGUAUACUCAGUACAAAAAAACUAGACUACAUCACUGUGCAUGCAGCGCUAGUGUUAGCAUUAGCAAACCCAGCUAACAAGAUGAUAGAAUUAUUCAUCUCUCGUGGUAUACAGAGCUGAAGUGUGGACUCAUUUUGGCUUCAACUAUAAAGAAGCUACUAAGGAGAUCAACAACCCUUUACCUGUUAUUAUCAAUCUAAAUGAAUUUCCUGCAAAAUAUAGGAGCUUGUUAAAACUCAAAUGUGAGAUUUUACUGGAACAGCGUGUUCUUUAUUUAUUACAGUUUGUUCAUUUAUUUUUCAUUCUUGUUUUAUUUAAAUAGCCUACCCUUUACUGUGUCAGUAAUUACUGUGCUGCUAAUUUCAGAUUUGGGACUGAUUUGUUUGUCAGAAAAACAGACCUGUGUUUUAUAUCAAUGGUGCAGUGUCCGUUCUCUGAGCAUAUAAGCCCUGCCCGUGUGAGGUACGCCACUUUCAGCUCUUUUAUUUUGCGGUUCUGUAGUUUAUUAAAAGUCUAUUAAUUCUGAACAUGUCAUGUGUCCACGUUGCACCAAAUGAGCAGCAACAAACCUGCCACGUGUGAAAACGAUUGGAUGAACGGUUUUUGACAUUCAGUAUGCAAACAGACAGACUCUUAAUCUGAGUUUUUGUCCUUACCAUCAGCGACGGCGACAUGCAAAUGUUCUGUUUUUGAAACGGUUUCUAUUGCUCUGCAACGUCGCAGCUGGAAUAGCAACACACUCUUCUGAUUGGCUGUGGUUUUUGAUUGUUUUUCUCGCUUCUCAUUGUCGCGUGGGAUUUUUAACGACCACAGAUAUGCCUUUUCCACCAAGGCAGUUUGAGUGCUGGUUCGGAGCAAGAGUCUAGUUUCAAAUCAGUUCUUUGUCUUUCGACACCCAAAGCACCAGCUCCGAAACAGGAAAAGUGGUUCAUAAGUAGCACCAAAACAUUGCUGGGCUAGAAGUAAGAACCGCUUGCGUUGGGCUGGGGACGGGGUUGCAUGACCAACAAGAAUCUUGUGACCGCCAUUUUCGAAAUAGCAGCUAAACAAGCUAAUAGCAGCUCGACUGUAAUCUCCAUCCUUAAAAAAAAUUACGGCAAGCCGUGUUUGGAUGCCAAUGUAGGUUCGCAAAGUCAUGAACAUCAACAGUAGCGAAACAUCCGCAAUUGUUGCUGGAAGGCUUGUUCGAGAUGCAUCGGAGCAGCGCGGACUGAUUCGGCGGGUGACAUCUGAGUGCCACAGGUCCACGGGAGCUAUUGUAAAGCAUACGACUCCUUGUACUAUUGGAUCGUUCUCACGGCGAUUUGAUGUCAUGUGCCAAUCGCUCUGCGGGAAGCCUAUGCAUCUCGAACAAGCUUUGUGUGUUUGUGUUUGACGCAGCAGCACUUUGCUGUGAAAUAUGAGAAUAUAUGCUGAACUAGCACCCGGUUCGUGCUGGUGGAAAGGGGGUAAGAGAGUCAGGACCUUGGUUUAUCGUUUCAUCUGAAGGACAGUGCUUUUUGACAGUAUAGUGUCCCCAUCACUAUACUGGGGCAUUAGGAACCACACAGUCCACAGGGUGAGCACCCCCUGCUGGCCUCACUAACACCUCUUCCAGUAGCAACCUAGUUUUCCCAGGAGGUCUCCCAUCCAGGUACUAACCAGGCUCAGCCCUGCUUAGCUUCAGUGGGCAACCAGUCUUGGGCUACAGGGUGAUAUGGCUGCUGGUUAUGCUGAUAUGGCUAUUACAUCAGGGCUCCCUUUUAUGUAUGUAUGAAAAUUUCUCUUUGGAUCUUUUUUCUUCCAUUUUAGAUAUGAUUAAAGAGGAGGAGGAGAGUGAAGAACUGAGUGAAGUGGAGGAGAAACAUCAUGUCAAACCUGGAGAAAAAACUUUGAGUCUCUCAAAGACUAAAAAGACUUUUUUAAAGAAAAGAAAAGCCAAGAAAUCUUUCACCUGCACUCAGUGUGGAAAGACUUUCUCAACCAAACAAAGCCUUGAUGUUCACAUGAGGAUCCACACUGGAGAGAAGCCGUUCACCUGCACUCAGUGUGGAAAGAGCUUCACAACCAAACAAAGUCUUGAUGUUCACGUGAGAGUUCAUACUGGAGAGAAGCCGUUCACAUGCGAUCAGUGUGGAAAGAGAUUCUCAAACAGUCGUAAUCUUGAGAUUCACAUGAGGAUCCACACUGGAGAGAAACCGUUCACAUGUGACCAGUGUGGAAAGAGCUUCACAACCAAACAAAGCCUUGAUGUUCACAUGAGAGUUCAUACUGGUGAGAAGCCGUUCACAUGCGAUCAGUGUGGAAAGAAAUUCUCAAACAAUCGUAAUCUUGAGCUUCACAUGAGGAUCCACACUGGAGAGAGACCAUUUGCAUGUGAUCAAUGUGAAAAGAGUUUCACACAAAAUGGAAGUCUUAAGGAACACAUGAAGAAACACACUGGAGAGAAGCCCUAUAUAUGUAGUCAAUGUGGAAACAAUUUCACAUACAAACAUAGUCUUGAUGUUCACAUGACAGUUCAUACUGGAGAGAAGCCAUUCAAGUGUGAACAGUGUGGGAAAGGUUUCACAAACAAUUAUAGUCUUGAGAUUCACAUGAGGAUCCACACUGGAGAGAAGCCAUUCACAUGUGAUCAAUGUGGCAAAACGUUUCUUACCUCAUCAAACCUGAAGAAACACCUGACAGUUCAUAUGAAGGAGAAGCCAUAUUCAUGUUCUGUGUGUGGAAAGAGUUUUUCACAGCGGCAAAGUUUACAAACACAUGAGAAAAUACACACUGGUUUGAGAGAGUAUGUGUGCUUUGAGUGCGAGAAGACUUUUACUACAGCAAACGUUUUUAAAAAUCACCAGAGAAUUCACACUAGAGAAAAGCCUUACAUGUGUUUAGACUGCGACAAAAGAUUCAGUCUGUCAGCAUCUCUCAAAACACAUGAGAGGAUCCACACUGGAGAAAAACAUUACAAGUGUUCACACUGUGGCAAGAGAUUCAGUGUUUUAGCAAAUCUGAAAAGACAUGAGAUGAUCCACAUGGGAGAAAAACCUUACAAGUGUUCACAUUGCGACAAGAGUUUCAGUCUGUCAUCUUCUCUGAAAAGACAUGAGAUGAUCCACACGGGAGAAAAACCUUACAAGUGUUCACAUUGUGGCAAGAGAUUCAAUGUGUCAGCAAAUCUGAAAACACAUGAAAGGAUCCACACGGGAAAAAAACAUUACAAGUGUUCACACUGUGACAAGAGAUUCAAUCGGUCAACAAAUCUGAAAAGGCAUGAGAAGAUCCACAUCAGAGAGAAGCCGCACGUGUGUAAGACUGGAGAAACUGGAAGAUACUUCAGGAAGAGCUGGAAUCUGCAAAGACAGGAGUUUAUUAAAGAGGACAGUGAGAACAUGAGUGAUCCAGAACCCUGCAGAAUGAAACACACUGAAGAUACUGAAGAACAAAGAGAUAUGAUUAAAGAGGAGGAGGAGAGUGAAGAACUGAGUGAAGUGGAGGAGAAACAUCAUGUCAAACCUGGAGAAACACCUUUGAGUCACUCAAAGACUAAAAAGACAUUUUUAAAGAAAAGAAGAGCAAAUAAAUCUGCAACCUGCACUCAGUGUGGAAAGAGUUUCUCAACCAAACAACAUCUUGAAAGUCACAUGAGGAUCCACACUGGGGAGAGACCGUUCACAUGUGAUCAGUGUGGAAAGAGAUUCACAGCCAAACAAAAUCUUGAUGUUCACAUGAGGAUCCACACUGGAGAGAAGCCAUGCAUAUGCACUCAGUGUGGACAGAGAUUCAGACAAAAAGGAAAUCUUAAGAAACACAUGAAGAUCCACACUGGAGAGAGACCUUUCACAUGUGACCAGUGUGGAAAGAGCUUCACAACCAAAGGAAAUCUUGAUGUUCACAUGAGAGUUCAUACUGGUGAGAAGCCGUUCACAUGCGAUCAUUGUGGAAAGAGAUUCACAAACAGUUAUACUCUUGAGGUUCACAUGAGGAUCCACACCGGAGAGAAGCCAUUCGCAUGUGAUCAGUGUGAAAAGAGUUUCACACAAAAAGGAAGUCUUAAGGAACACAUGAAGAUCCACGCUGGAGAGAAGCCGUAUGUAUGCAGUCAAUGUGGAAACAAUUUCAGAAACAAAUAUAGUCUUGAUGUUCACAUGAGAGUUCAUACUGGAGAGAAUCCGUUUACAUGUGAUCAGUGUGGGAAGAGUUUCAGAAACAAUUAUGAUCUUGAGCGUCACAUGAGGAGCCACACCGGAGAGAAGCCAUUCACAUGUGAUCAAUGUGGCAAAACAUUUAUUACCUCAUCAGAAUUGAAGACACAUCAGAAAACACACACUGGUGUGAGAGAGUUCAUGUGCUUUGAGUGUGAGAAGACUUUUACUAGAGGGAGUGAUUUAAAACAGCACCAGAGAAUUCACACUGGAGAAAAACCUUAUGAGUGUUUAUACUGUGGCAAGAGAUUCAAUGUGUCCUCAAAUCUGAAAAAACAUGAGAGGAUCCACACUGGAGAAAAACCUUACAAGUGUUCACACUGUGACAAGAGAUUCAAUGUGUCAGCAAAUCUGAAAACACAUGAGAGGAUCCACACUGGAGAAAAACCUUACAAGUGUUCAUACUGUGACAAGAGAUUCAGUCUAUCAUCACAUCGGACAACACAUGAGAUUAUCCACAUCAGAGAAACGCUGUACACAUAAGACUGGAGAAACUGGAAGAUAGGGCUACUCUCAGAGAAAAUGAAGGAAAUUAACAUUUGAUCUCCUCCUUGCAAAAUUAUUAUCCCCAGAAUCGGUGCAUUUUUAAUUAUGCCCCAAAAUAGGCAGUUAAAAAAUUGAAUAAUAAAAAAUCUAUGGGGUAUUUUGAGCUGAAACUUCACAGACACAUUCAGGGGACACCUUAGACUUGUAUUACAUCUUGUGAAAAAGGGUUCUAGGGCACCUUUAAAAUUAUUUAAAAAUCAACACGUUAUUAAGCUUCGGAUAUAAUAGCAUAUUAAACUAAUUUUAAAUGCAUAGCAUUACAUUUUAUUAAAAGAAAACAAACAAGCAUUUUUACAAUUUCUGCAUUACCCAAAUGUUGAAGUAUAUUUAUACUAAUGUAAUUAAAUGUGAGUUUUGACAGCUAAAAAAAAAAAAGCUAUUCAUAACCCUGACUUCUGUAGCUAGUGUAAAAUCAGCAUUAUUAUUUUCACUCAAAAUCCUCCUUUUUCUGUAUUAAAACAAACUCUGAUUCUA